UUUUUCAUUAUUUUCUUUAUUUUUAUUGUAAAUUGACAUAUUUUUGUUGCAUAUAUUUAUGGCGUAUUAGGUGAUGUUAUGAUUUAUGAAUAUGUGGAAUAAUUAAAUGAAACUAAUUAACAUUCAAAUGAUAUAUUAACAAAUGAUAGGUAACAAAUACCUAUCUUUUUUAUGCUGAGAACAUUUGAAAUUUACUCUUUCAGCAAUUUUUUAAUGUACAAUACAGUAUUAUUAACCAAUUCACAAUGCUGUUCAAUAGAUCUCAAAAAAGCAAAACAAAUUUUAUUCCUCUUGUCUGAGGCUCUGUACUCUUUAAUAAUCAUCUUCCCAUUUUUCCCCACCCAAGCUCGGAAGUAUGUAAAAAAUCUCAGUGCUUAGGAUGUUCCAUAUACCAAUUUUUGUAAUGAUACUUCUCUCUCCAAAGUAUGUAGAUAAGACCAAAAAAACCAAAACAAUGAAAAUAAAUAUAUCUUUAUUUGCAUGUUAGCAAAUGAGAAUUCAGUGUUUCCUUUGUCACCAACUACAAAAGACUUCAGCCUACUGUGUAUAAGGCACACAGCAUCUGGAUGAAGCUCAGUUGAGCUGUUUGGGGAAAUACAGAGAUUUUCAUGAAGAAAGAAAGCUAUAAACCCAGUGAUUAGCAAAUCUUGGUGGUUGCUGGUUUAACAAUAUAUACACGAGUUUUUUUUUUUUAAAGGACUAUAUUAUUGAAUUUUCAAGAAUCAGAUAUACAUAGCAUUUUAGAUGAAUGCAUUAAGAAGUCUUCAGCAGUGAUAUUAGACAUUGGAGUAUUCUCUUACAGGCAAUGAGUGGUGUCAUAAAGAGCAUAUUAACAUUCAUUUUCAUUGUGGAAUUUAUAAUUGGAAAUUUAGGAAAUGGUUUCAUAGCGCUGGUGAACUGUAUCAAUUGGGUCAAGAGAAGAAAGAUCGCUUUAGCUGAUCAGAUUCUUACUGCUUUGGCAAUCUCCAGAACUGGUCUGGUUUGGUUAAUAUUUGUAAGUUGGUAUGUAUCUGUGCUUCACCCAGCUUUAUUUUUGACUGAAAAAAUGUUAAGAAUGUUUAUUAAUACCUGGGUGGUGACCAAUCAUUUUAGUGUCUGGUUUGCUGCAAGUCUCAGUACUUUUUAUUUUUUCAAGAUAGCCAAUUUUUCUAACUCGAUUUUUCUCUACCUGAAGUGGAAAGUUAAAAAGGCGGUUUUAGUGCUGCUUCUUGUGACUUUGGUUCUUUUGUUUUUAAAUAUUGCACUGAUAAACGUCCAUAUAAAUGCCAGGAUCAAUGAAGAUAGUGGAAACAGAACUUGCAGUUCUGGUCCAAAUAACUUUGCACAAUUUUCCAGUCCUGUUUUAUUAACCAGCACUGUGUUCUUUUUGAUACCAUUUACUUUGUCCCUGGCAAAUUUUCUUCUGCUCACCUUCUCCUUGUGGAAACAUGUCAAGAAGAUGCACCACACUGUCAAAGGAUCCGGAGACGCCAGCACCAAGGCCCACAGAAAAGUCAUACAAAUUGUGAUCACUUCCCUCCUACUCUACGCCAUUUUCUCUGUGUCUUUUUUCCUACCACUUUGGAUCUCUGAAUUGUUGGAGGAAAAUCUAAUUUUUAUUUUUUGCCAAGUAUUGACAAUGUCUUAUCCUUCAGGUCAGUCAUGUGUCCUGAUUCUUGGAAACAAGAAGCUGAGACAGGCCUUUCUGUCAGUGCCGCGGUGGCUGACGUGCAGGUUCAAAGACGGGGAGCCCUCAGGCCAUAGAGAAUUUAGGGAAUCAUCUUGAAUAUAUUAGAAAAAUAUAGUUCCUAAGAAAUUCUUGUACAUUAUGUCAAUUUAUACUUCCUCAAGUUUCUUUCUUUUUAUAUAACUUUGUGAAUUUUACAAAGGUAUGUUUGGAAUUAACACCAUUCAAACUAUCACAAAUUACAAUAUAAGAAAGUAUGUAUAUUUACCAUACACAGAAGAAUGUGAAUGCCAUAAAGAGUUCUAAUAAAAACAGAUAAUACAAAUUUUGUAUCAAUCAUUAACCUUUUUUGAGAUUUUUAAAUGAGAAACCUAUAAUGUAUAUGUGUAUUGUAUGGGUGUGACACAGUUACUGAAAAUAGGCUGCUUAAAACUACAUCUCAAUCUGGUAGAUAAAGCACAUAAAAUAAUAUGAAAUUUUAGUACCAUAUUAAAUUUACUCAAUUUUUGUAUAAUAUUUAGUACCUGAUUAAUGUGUAUACAAAAAAGUAAUUGGCUUUGUUUGUUGAAUUAGAAGCCAGCUGUUUUACUAAACUAUCAUGUGCUUUGUUCAUUCUGUCUUUGCAGAUAGAAAAUUUUAUCAUCUGCAUGUAGUGAUUUAUAAUGAUUAUUUUAGUUCUUCAUUUUAGUACUUAGAAUUCUUUUUUUUUUUUUGGUAUCUGUUUGUAUAAUGAAAUGGUUUGAACAUUCAAAGUGUCAAGUAAUUGAAGCGGUAACUGCUAUCUUUGCAAAUGGAGUGUUUUUUAGUGUUUUAACAAUUAACAUUAUACUGACUUUAGCUUUGAGAUAAAUUCUUUUAAAAAUAAUCUUCAGAGAGAAUCUUUGUCUUCUUAUUUUUCACUUUGUGGUAUUAUAAUAAAAUCUCCGUUAAAUAUAUCAAA